CUUUUAUUUGGAAGGAAGAACAUAUGCAUUCUUAGUUACACGCCAAUUCAACUUUCCACGGCCUUUUCCAAAUACAGAAACAACCAUCUCCUUUUUCUGUUUUAAUCUUUAUUACCUUUGAAGUACUCUCCAUUGUAUAUAUUUUUUUUUCUUUUACCCUCCAGAAAAAGCUCUCUUUCUCUCUCCUCUCAAUUAUUUUCUUCUUCUUCUUCUUCUUCUUCUUCUUCUUUAUGUUUUUUAGGGUAUAACAGUGCGGGUAAUUGACCGAGUGGUAAGUAACAGGAGAUCAAAUUAAUUAAUCGUGGAGACGAGAAGUAAAAUGGGUCGUGGAAAGAUUGAGAUCAAGAGGAUCGAGAACCCUACGAACAGGCAAGUAACUUACUCCAAGCGCAGAAAUGGUAUCUUCAAGAAAGCCCAAGAACUCACUGUUCUCUGCGAUGCCAAGGUUUCUCUCAUCAUGAUAUCUAAUACCGGCAAGCUCCACGAAUUCAUCAGCCCCACCACCACGACGAAGAAGAUGAUAGAUCAAUACCAAAGUACUUUAGGAGUUGAUCUGUGGAGUACCCAUUACCAGAAAAUGCAAGACAACUUGAAGAAACUGAGAGAUAUCAACAGCAAGCUAAGGAGAGAGAUUAGGCGAAGAAAUGGUGAAGAUUUGCACGAUAUGAGCGUGGAAGAGCUGCGCGGUCUUGAGCAAAACAUGGCCUCGGCUUUGGAGGUCAUACGCGAGCGAAAGUUUCAUACAAUCAAAACACUGACAGAUACCUACAAGAAGAAGGUCCGGAAUUUGGAGGAACAAAAUGGAAACCUCUUGCUUAAAUUCGAUACAGGAUGUCAUAAUGAUCCACAUUACGGUUUAGUUGAGAAUGAAAGAGAUUACGAAUCUGCAAUUGCACUUGCUAAUGAAGCUUCCAACCUUCAAGCAUUUCGCCUUCACCACAACCACCAUCCUAAUAAUCUUUAUCUCGGAAGAUUUGAUUGCAGUGAUCUUCGUCUUGCUUGAAUGAACUUAAAGUUUGUAGUUUCGAUUAAGGAAGUUAUUAAAUAAUCAAUUAAUAUAUGAGAUUAUAUGAAAUGAAUAUGUUAACUGCGAUUACUAUCGGAAAAUAUAUAUAAUAAUUAAGGAUUUAAGGUUGGAUUGUAUUUCAAUAUUGUAAUAUUUAUAUAUCUUAUAUAUGUUUGUUUGAUGACAAUAUUAAUUGGCUAGAAUGUAAUAGCUAGAACUUUCAUUACCUUUGAAUUGCUCUAGUUCAUUAUUUUAAUAUAUAUAGGACUAUUCUAAAUGCA